UUUCAUAAAGAGACAUAACCUUUCUCUAUGUGCGAUUUGGCUUUGUGCAACAGAAGUCUUAUAUAGCAUUUGCAAGAAUAGCCAUGGAUUUUGAUGAAAUUCUACGUCAUGCAGGUGACAGUGGAAGAUUUCAGAUUUGGAUGAUCAUCCUUCUCAAUGUUUUAGCUAUUGUAUUAUGCUCUCAUGAUUUCUUGGAAAAUUUUACAGCAGCCAUCCCUGCUCAUCACUGCAGUGUAAACCUUGACAAUUCAAGAUCUGAAAUUAGUACUGCCAUGAACUUGACUACUGAAGCUUUGAUGAAGGUCUCCAUCCCAAUGGGCCCAAAUCAGAAACCCGAGCAAUGCCGACGCUUUAGGUACACCCAAUGGCAAUUUUUAGAUUCUAAUAUAUCAACUUCUAACAGCACUGAGCUAGAGACUGAGCCAUGCCUAGAUGGAUGGACAUAUGACCACAGUGUUUUUACUUCUACCAUUGUCUCUGAGUGGGAUUUAGUAUGUGACUUUCAGUCAUUUAAAUACUAUGCACAAGCCACCUCUUUGGCAGGGCAUUUGGUAGCUGGUCCUAUAUGUGGCAUUAUCUCUGACAGGUUUGGAAGGAAGCCGUUGUUGAUGUGUGGUUGCCUAGCCUAUGGGGUUUUGGGGACCUCCUGUGCCUUUGCCCCCAAUUUCUCCUUUUACUGUGCUAUGAGGUUCUUGUUAUCUGCCUCCACGAGUACUAUUAUGAUCAACUCUCUUAUCCUUGUUUUAGAAGAAACAUCAGUACAGUGGUACGCCACAGUCAUAGUACUUAAUGGACUGUUCGGCAGUAUUGGCUUGAGUACGCUUGGGGGAAUAGCAUAUGUGAUUUUGGAUUGGCACUUACUUCUACUUGCAUAUGCCUUGCCAUACUUCAUCUUUUUUAUUUUGUUCUGCUGGGUGCCAGAAUCAGUCCAGUGGCUCAUAAUCAAUGGCAAAACAGAUCAAGCAUGGAAGGAACUCCAGAGAAUUGCCUCCAUCAAUGGGAAGAAAGACAUGGCACAAAGUUUAACCACUGAGGACUUGCGCUCCAAACUUAAAGAAGAUGUAAAUUCAACUGGAAAACAUUUCAAAAUAAAGGACAUCAUUAUUAGUCCCACAAUGCGUAAAAUAAUGCUUCUUAAUUCCAGUUUAAUUUUUGCAGAAUUUUUCAGCAUCUAUGGCCUUUUGUUGGAUGUUCAAAUGUUGGGAAAGAACAUAUUCCUGACCCAGAUUCUCCUAGGAGUGAUAGACAUACCCAGUAAAUUGCUUACAUAUUUUACAUUAAGAAAUGUAAGCCGUCGUCCUUUGACUGCUUUUUUGCUCCUUGCAACUGGAAGUUGUAUUACCAUCAACAUAUUUAUCUCUGAAGAGAUGUACGUCCUGCGUCUUAUUAUUUUCAUUUUGGGGAAAGGAUCUUUUGCAGCUUUCACUUGUGUAAGCACAGCCUACUCCAAUGAACUCAUGCCAGUAGCAGUCAGGUCAACUCUAAGUGGUGUUUUUUUAACUGUUGCUCGAUCAGCAGUAGUCCUGUCUGCACUAACACUUGUUACUAGAAAGUAUUUUGAACAUCUUCCUAUGAUUCUUUAUGGAGUCCUACCCAUAGUGGCGACAAUCACCGUCUACUUUCUGCCAGAGACUUUUAAUCUUCCAUUUACUGACACUAUCCAGGAUAUGGAGAAAAGGGAAAGAUUGAUGAGCAAAAACAUCAGUAAAAAAGAAAGUCAAGACUUCUUGGAAACUACCGAGUGCUAAAGAAGCCAACAUCCACAAGGUUUCAUCCAUAUAAAUCCUUAUUCUAUUCUGUACCCUACAGACUUUACCCAUUGAUCAGUAAUCAGGGGUAUACUUAUUAAAUGAACCUAUUGCAAAGGCAAAUCUCUCAGCCAAUCCAUACUAUAGAUACAAAUCCUAAGGCUUUAUCAAAUACUGCAGUACAGGUUCCUGUCACAAAAAAUUUAAACCAAAUCUGUGCAACAAACAAUCAAAUCAACAAAAAGAAAAACCACAA